AAUCAUAUAUAUGUAUAUGUAUGUGUUUAGUUUUGAUAGAAAGGAAUAUCCCCAAUUGGUUUCAGGUUCUGAAAGCUGGCCUUGUUCAUCACGUGAACCAUUAACUAGUGGACUUUAUUAUGAUGAUUAUAAUACUCGUCGAUGUGAUGAAUAUAAAUAUGAAACUAAUUAUACAAAUACUUCGGGAUGUCUGGCUGAUAAAUAUGCUCCAUGUGGAACUACAACAGUGGCUAGUGAUUUUAUCAAUGAUAGAGUGAUUCAUACAAGUAGUUCAGCAGAAACGAAUGCAUAUCUUGAAAAAAUAGCUGAUAUUUAUAAGGAUCCUAAUCCACAAACCAUUCGACGAACAAGUGAUUGUCAAGUAAAACAAGAACAACGGGUUUUUCUUCGAUAUCUUCAACCACCUGUUCCAGAACCAGGAACGCUCAUUAUUAAAGAAGUGCGUCCACCCCAACCACCGCCACUUCCACCACUGAUUAUACGUGAACAACCAGCAGCUCGCUGUUCACCACCUCCACUUAUCUUACGUGAACGGCCACCAACGCCACCGCCAUCUGUUCCUAAUGAAACAAUUACUCGUUGUUUAUCUGCUUUACCUGCUCGACCACGAUCAGUUAUCAUCGAACGUUGUCCACCUCUGCCAGAAAAACCACGCGAUAUUAUAAUUGAACGAUGGCUUCCCUACGAACGUCCAACUCAACGUCGUACAAUUAUUGAACCUGCUCCUCCUGCUCCAGCUUAUGCAGAACCGCGUAAUCAGGUGAUUAUUUAUGAUUGUGCUAAAUCAUGUAUAUGUCGACGAUCUCAAUACCUUGGUGUUAUCCAAGAAAAUAUUGCCGGUUAUGUAGCUCUUUAUGAGGCGUCACUUUUAGACUCGGCGACAGUUCUUCAACAGGCUUGUCAUUAA